GCCGGGGCGGAGCCGGGCCGAGGAGCCCGGCCGGGCUGCGGGGCCGAGACCGAGACCCCCGAGACCGAAACCGAAGCCGAGCCCGAGCCCGGUGUCCGUGUGUGCUCGUCGAGUCCCGCUGUGCGCGGAUGGCCAGCACUCCUGGAAUUCAGAAAGCCAAACACUCAGAAAGUUCCCAAGGGAAGAAGUCCCAGCAUGCAGAAGAAGCCAUUUUUUACAUGAACUGCAGAGCAGCUUAUCUGACUGUCUUGAAAAGCAGCUUAGAAAAUAUUAAAUCAAAAGAACAACUGAGUUUAGUGCUCCAGCAGGCUGGAAGAAAUCCUUCUCAGAAGACCAUUAAGAAAUACUGGACUUCACAAACAUCUUCACUGAAUUUUGAUGAUUUUUGUGCUAUUUUAAAAAAAGAAAAGCCAGCUACAAAAAAUGAACUGCUCGAAGCAUUUGGUAAAAUAGACACAGCUAAGACUGGAUAUAUUUCACAUGAUGAACUUUGUAAAAUUCUUACAACAAGAGGUGAUAAAAUGACCUGGGAGGAAGUGACCAGCAUUACUAAACAAGCUGAUUUUAACUGCAAUGGCAAACUUGACUACAACAAGUUCUGUGAGCUGUACCUGAGCACCAGUGAGCAGUGCUGCAAAGCUGCAAGGGACAGGCUGGAAACUGACCCUCGACUGAGGCAGCAGCACCUUGGGAAUCAAACUGAAAAUGUCCCUGAAGGGAUCACACUGCCAUCCCCGAGGGUCUGCAGGAAAACUGAUCACAAACUGCCUAAAGGUGACAGCAGAACUCCUUCAAGACCUUCAUCAGCUCAAAGCAGCAAAGCUUCCACCUCCACCACGGUCACUGUGGGUGCCAGCAGCAGCAGGAACACAAAGCUAAUUAUUGAGCCUGACACAAUGAAGGAAUGGCAAUGUGCACAAUCCAAGGGCUGCUUCUACCUGGAGGAAAAUGGGGAAAUCAUCAGUCACAAGUACAGGCUGCACUUACCCCAGAGAUCUGCAGUGUGUGUCACCAUCAAACCUUUCAGAAUUCCCCAGGCAGAAGGAAAAUCUUGUCACUGGUUGUCAGUGGAUACAGCUUUGUUUAUUCUGAAGGAAAAUGAAACCCAAGAGAAUUUACAGCUUGUGAGCUUUACUGAACUCCAGAACAAAGAGAUGUUUGGCUGGAGAGGGGAGCUUGGAUCUGGGCUUUACUGGCUGCUCCCUUUCACAACUGGCUGCAGGCUGAGGAAGGCAAAAACCCAAAUUACUGGAGAAGCCAAACUGGUGUGGAGGGAUGAAGAUGGAGAGCUGGCUCUCACCAAUGAAUUCCGAGCUGCUUUGUUGGAUAUAUUUGACACAAUUGAUUUGGAUGGGAAUGGCCUCCUGAGUCUGGAGGAGUACAACUUCUUUGAGCUGAGGACUAGUGGGGAGAAGUGUGACCAGGAAGCCUGGGCUGUGUGCAAGGAAAAUUUUGAGAUGAAGAAGAAUGAACUAACAAGACAAGGAUUCCUGGAUUUGAAUCUCAUGGAAGCCAACGACCGGGAUGGGGAUCCCUGGGACCUUUGGGUCACUUUGUUGUCCCUGGGCUACAACAAAGCCUUAGAAAUGACAGAGGCCUGCCCCUUUGUCAUUGACGUCUGUGCAGAGAGGUGCAAACCCAGAAUCAAAGCCAUUUCCCUGGAGGCAGGGGGCUCCCAGCUCAGCAGGGCUGUCUGCAGGUCUGUGGUUAACAAAGGAGAGGCCAAAGUGCUGGAUGGCUCUGAGAACAUCUUCAUCUACACCUACAGAUCAGGCAGCAGAAUCACCUCUGUGAUUGAAAACAAGUCUGAGAAUAAAGUGAUAAUUCAUGUCAACAAUGAGCAGAGUAAGAACUGCUUGAACAAUAGGGGACUGACAGUUUUUGCUGUGGAAGUGGCUCCAAAAUCCAUGAUGGUCUGUCAGCACGUGAUGGCCCUGAAUGAGCAGGAAGAGUGGAUUUACAGCUGUGUGCACUCCCUUGUGUGUUAAACCUCCCAGUGCCAGGGCUGGGAGCAGCCACACUCAACCAGGAUUAGCUUUGGGCAGCUUUUAGACAAUUUAUAGUCUUGUCCUUCUCAAAAAGCUGGCAUACAUUUAUAUUUCUUGAUGAUUUUGGCAUGAAAACACUGAGGCACAAUAAAAAUUAGUGCUGUUCAGUAAUCCA